AUGGCCCCUACCCGCAAGCCCCGAUGCAACUUCAAGGAGUGCAAGGAGGCCGCUCAGCGAAUCGUUGGUGACUGCAGUUUCUGCCAUGGCCACUUCUGCUCAAAGCACCGUAUGCUCGAGGCACACUCUUGCACCGGUUUGGAGGACUGCAAGAAGGAGUCUCACGCUCGGAAUGCAGAUAAACUGAAUAGCGAGCGAACAGUCGUUGUUAAGGGUGUAUAA